CUGAGGGUGGGGGGUGGGGAAUGCACAAGGAGCAACAGCUUGAGAUUUCGGGACUUCAGCAGAAAGUAGGAACGUGGUAGGAUCUGUGAGAGGGAGAGAGAGAGAGAGAGAGGGAAAGAGGAAGCAAUGAAAAUAGAGGAGGCUCAGCGAUUCACGUAAAACAAAACUGAGGAGACGAUUAGGAAGGUGAAAAUAAGAGAGAGGGGUGGAAAAAGUGGCGAUGGGGGUUGAAAGAGGGUUUAGUGGGGUAAAAACAGUGAUAUGAAAGAGUGACAAGAGAGGAGGCGUGGUGAGAGCGCGCGCGAGAGAGAGAGGAAAAUAAGAGAGUGCAAGAGGCAGAGAAGAUAAACGGCUGGGGGAGAGGGAGUGGGAGAGACGGAAGGAGAAGGCAGCAGACAGACUGAUAGAGCGAGAGAGGGAGAGAAGGAGGGGGGAAGCAGGAGGAGAGAGUGGACAGUGAUGAGGGGACUGCCGCUGAAGCUGCUUUUCUCUCUUAUGCUUUGUCUCUUCAUCUUGGGGACCGUCCUGAUAGCCUUCAUCUGGUACAUCUUUAACUACAGUGGUGACAGACCACGUAGCUCCUCGCAUCCCAUUCGGAAGAACCCUGAGGCUGAGCCAUCAUGGGUUUGCAAGGAGUGCAGGGAAAACACGAUUGACAAGAUGGUGGAACUCUACAGUCACACCUGGAAGAAGCAGGAGGCUAAUUUCAAAAAGUUCAGGUCUCAGCUGACGAACAGGUGCCAUGGGGCCACCAAGGCCAUCGUCACGCAGGUCAACACGCCACUGGAGUCGAAGAUCGUGUACGAUGGUGAGAAGAGGAAACCGCUGGUGGUGACCCCAAAACUCUUCAACACAUUCUUAAAGGAGCAGCCCUUUAAAAAUAUAACCCGGAAAACCUGUGCUGUGGUGGGAAAUGGGGGGAUCCUACUCAACAGCAGCUGUGGAGCUGAGAUUGACUCCGCCCACUUUGUUUUCAGGUGCAAUCUCCCUCCCGUGGAUAAGGGCUAUGAGAACGACGUGGGCCACCACACGGACUUGGUAACAGCCAAUCCCAGCAUCCUCUUGGAGAAAUUUGACGGCCUAAUGGAGCACCGGCGCCCCUUUGUGGAGAGCCUGAGCAGCUACAGGGACUCCAUGCUGCUGCUGCCCGCUUUCUCUUAUGGGCACAACACGCCCGUCUCGCUGCGCGCCCUCUACACCCUGCAGGACUUCAACAGCUCGGUGCAGCCCAUGUUCCUCAACCCGGAGUACCUGCAGAGCCUGGCCCGCUUCUGGAAGGCCCAGGGCCUGAGGGCCAUACGCCUCAGUACGGGCCUCAUCGUGGCCAGCCUGGCGCUGGAGCUGUGCACCAACGUGCACAUCUAUGGCUUCUGGCCCUUCGCCCAGCACCCUCACGACCGCCACCAGCUCACCAACCACUACUACGACAACCAGCAGAGCAAGAAGAUGGUGCAUGCCAUGCCCGCCGAGUUUGCCCAACUGCUGCACCUGCACAGCCAGGGUGUGCUCAGGGUGCACCUGGGCCAGUGCGCCUCAGGCCCCAGGUAGGCCGGACCCCCACCCCGAGCCCUGCCUUGUACCGACACCCUUCAACCCCCCACCCCAAAGAUGUCGUUGGCGCUUCUCUGUGGGCAAGGAGGGGGGAACAUCUGGGAUGGACACUGUCUUUUGUUUUAGACGAGAGGUUUAUAACUCACACUGAGACAAUGCAAUGACAGCGGUCACACGGAUCUGGAGAAAACGGCCUUAAGGACAGGGAGAUUGUUGUGCAGCAAAAUGCAGGUCUACGUGUGUUCACCAGGCAGCCAUAACCUCAUUUGAAUUUGCACUAGAGUAGACUGUAGCCAUAGGUAUGAAAUACAUACGUAGGUGUGUAUAUAAAUAUAUAUUUGUGAAUAUUUAUUUUUGAUUGGAACCAGCUGGAAUCUGGAGCCUUGUUAUUAGACUUUCUGAGCAGUACUUCCUUUAAGUCACACGGAUGCAACGUUCAGGCCAUUUGUAACCAAAGCUGAGGUGAUGAACCUGCUGGUCUUUAAAAAUGUGCCUCUUUUACGUGGAUAUUGUUUACCCCUUGAGGUAAUUUGUUCAGUUCAGACAAUAGUUCUCAUUUCCCUCAUUUACGUAAAGAUGCUUCACACAGGCAGCUGGAGAGUAGGCCUGGCAUGUGGGGCUAGUAUCCUAGCAACAUUAUCCAUAUUAACACCACGCCAGAAAAGUCACUGAUUGUAGAUCUUAACGCUGUGUGUUUUCGGCAUCUGUGAUUUCGUACAUAAAAGGAUACUGUUUAUAUUACAGUUCUUGAGCAUCACUUUUGAAUGUAAUAUUUUAAUGUGCACAUGUCUGUCUUUUGCACAUAUUCAUUUUAAAAUAUAUUAAAAAAAACAAUUGAUUUAGAUAUAUUGGACAUCUGAACACGACUUCCACAUAUGAAAAUGUUGCGGUUUUGUGGCCUUUGACCUGGGCAAGUGCAGUACGGAGGCUUCUCACCUGUGCAACGGGUUCCCAGCUAGGCCUCUCAGAACCUGAGACUCCCCCUACAAUGGACCAGCUCCAGCACCACAACACUGUCUGCCGCAAGGCCAGCUCUGGACAAAAUGAAGGAAAUAAGAAGAAAAGACUAUCUAGCAGCUAGUAUAAGCUAUCUAACAAUACUGCCGCUCAUACUCCACCCUCCAUUGGCUUAAGCUGAAAGGUAAAUUAGAUGAAACUGAGGCCAUGUGGACUGGACCAGUAGGCCACAGUACUGUGAAAGCGUAAACGGAAGAUACACUGUCCCCGAAGUGUCCUAAAACAAGGGCUUACCUCCCAACGGGGUGCUGAAGGCGAAGAGACCCACUAAGCCAUGUCAGAGACCGUGAGAAAAGGAACGUUUGUGGGGGUGGCUCUCACCCAUUGCCUUGCUGUUUCAUCCCACUCGGUGUUCGUCCUGUUCACAAGAACCCUGAAUUUCAGCCACUGAAGAAAACUUCCAUCUGGUCAAGGUUUUUAUUGGGUUCCCUUUCUAUCAUAUGUUGGAUGGAUUUCACUGCAGGGACUGAACAGCUUCUUUACAGUCUGUGAAAGCUGCAUGAGGUUGAGUAACUUCCUCUGUGAAUCAUGAGAAUGUUUGUACUGAAUUUGAUUCUCCUUUGUACUUCAUGAGAACUGCAUAAACAGCUAUGCUCCCAAUGAA